AUGGCGAACCGGGGCGUAGAACAUCAUCAUCAUCACCGAAAUGAUCUCGAUGCUUCAUCGGUCGUGGGCGGCCUGCUGCUGGCGCGCCACAAUCUGCGCAAUCAUCAUCAACAACAACAACAACAGCCACCGCAAAUCUCCCCGCCCAUCGACGACGACAAUCAACGCGGACGCAACCAGGCCCACCAUCUGCCCAGCUUUGGCGAGCACCCCUGGGACAACCCGCCCUCGCUACGCCACGACCCUCCGCCCCUCCCCCAGCACCGCCAGUCCUCGCAGGCCCGCGGCGAGCCCGAUGACGAUCGUGCGUCGCUCGACGACGUCGAGGGCGACGACGAGGCCCACUGCAGCGGCCUGAUGGGCGGCGGUCGGCUCGCCAUCGCCUUCCUGCUCAACCCGUCCGGGGCCGGGGCCGCCACAACAUCAACAUCGACAGCCACGUCAACCUCGACGUCCGCCAGCGCCGGCCACAAGCGAAAGGCCGACGACGACUACGACCACGCGGGCCGCACCACGCCGGGUUCGUCCUUCCCCGUGCCACAGCAGGUCGCCGCUUCUCGUGGUGGUGGUGGCGGCGGUGCCGCCGAGCUUGAAGAAAGGGAUGACGACGCCAACGACCGUCAGCUUCGACGGCGCCGCUUGGAGCAGCAGCUCGACGAACCGCCGCCGGCGAUCGAAGGUGACGCGCGCUACUCUCUACACCACCAACCUCAUCUCCAGCAACAGCACCAGCAACAGCACCAGCGUACUCACUAUCAGCGAGCCGUGCUGCCGUCUCUCUCCUCUAUCAUCAUGACGGCCUCGCCUCCGCCCUCCGCCACCAUGCCUGCCGAUCUCUACCACGCGCCGCACCACCGGACCUCUCCCCAGCGCUCGUCGCCGCCGUCGCCCAUGAUGCCCACCGGUGGCUUCUCCCCUUUCCACUCGCCGGCACCGUCGCCGGCCGCCUCGUGCGGCACCUCGUUCGCGAUGGGGCUCUCCCUGGCCGACCCGUCGUUCUUCUUCCACUCCUUCAACUGCCUGCCGUCGGCCAUGUCGACUCGGAUGGACAGCGAGCCCGAGGCGCCGCCACCGCCGCCGCCCGGGUCGUCAUCUUCAUCAUCGUCGGACUCGUCCGCCGGCUUCUACUACACCCCGUACGAGCGCUCGCAAUCGGCGCCGUCGUCGCCCAAGCUCUAUGUGGGGGACGAUGCGGGGCUGCCGGAGGGAGAGGAGGCGGAGGAGGACUACUGCGGCGCGCCGCCGCCGCGACAGGGUAACACCACCACCGCGCUCACGCCCGAGCAGCUGCAGCUCCGGCUGCAGACCCAGGCGCUGCAGACGCAGCUCCUCGUGCGACAGAUGCAGCGCAAGCAGAACGUCCAGCAGCUCAAGCGCCUGCACGCCCAGCAGCGGAGGCAGCGGUUCGAGGUUCACUCGGCGUCGGCAUCAGCCUCCUUCGCGUCGUCGCCUUCGCGGGCCGGCGAGGGCGGAAGGAAGCGGAGCCGUGGGAGCCGCGGCCAAGAUGGUGGAGAAUUCGACGACGAUGACGACGAUGGCUACAACGAGGAAAAUGGAGGCAGCAAGGACGAAGAUGGCGCUGAUCGUGGCGAGAAGCGGAGCGCGUUCGAGCAGCAGCACAACAAGGAGCUGAUGGCGCGCAAGCUCGAGGACAAGCUCAAGCUGCUCAAGGAGAAGAUCAUGGGCGCGGGCGACUCAGUGGAAGAUGGCGACGGCGACUCAUCAUCGAGUGGUAAGACGCCACAGGAGAAGCGGAAGCGGGCCACGCCCCAGCAGCUCAAGCUGCUCGAGGAGGUGUUCGCGGUCGACCCCUUCCCGGCGCGCGAGGCCAAGCAGCUGCUGGCGCAGAAGCUCGGGAUGAGCAUCCGCAGCAUCACCAUCUGGUUCCAGAACAAGAGGGCCAGGCUCAAGAAGUUCGCCGAGAAGAGUGGCACCAUGUAA